UCCACCAUGCCCAACUGAAGGAAUCCAACUAGCAGACUAUCAGCUCAUCUCUCUCUCUCUCUCUCUCUCUCUCUCUCUCCCCAGUUUCCUUCUGGGUUUUCUAGGGUUCUUUUCUGAUACAAUUUCUGUUUUAGGAAAAACCCAGAAAAAAUAGAAGUUUCCCGUUUUGUGUGAUCGGGUUCUUGGAGAGUUAGACAGAGGCUAUUGGAUAGUGAUGGAGGAUUCUACGGGAAGGGGGCUACAUGAGCUCAACUUAGCUUCAAGAAAAGCCGAAGAAGCAGCGUGGAGGCGGUAUCAAGCAGCUGCGUGGCUCGAAAGCUUAGUUGGACCCCUGGGCUUGCCCACCCGCCCAUCAGAGAGGGGGUUCAUUUCUUGCUUGAGAAAUGGUUUGGUUCUGUGCAAUGCGGUCAACAAGAUUCAACCAGGAGCCGUGCCCAAGGUUGUGGAGAUUCACCUUCCUUUACAAUCACUAACCUGGGAUUCUCAGCCGUUGCCUGCUUAUCAAUAUUUUGAGAAUGUGAGGAACUUUUUGGUGGCUGUUGAGGAGUUGAAGCUGCCUGCUUUUGAGGCUUCUGAUCUUGAAAGGGAUAAUUUGGAGGCUGGCUCGGUGGUUAAGGUUGUUGAUUGCAUUUUAGCACUAAAAUCAUAUCAUGAAUGCAAGCAAGUGAGUGGAGGGAGCGGAUUGGCUAAGCAUGCAAAAUCCCCGAUGGUUCUGUUCUCGUCUAGCAGGACCCAUUCAUGUGCUCAGGCUGCAACUUCAUCAGACCCUUGUAGGCGUUUGGACAUGCUUUCCUGUGAGACACAGCCGCUUGGGGAAAAUGGAACACAGGAAUUUGAAGGUUUAGUUGGUUCAAUUGCCAAGAUACUUGCUGAUUGUUUGGUUGGUGCAAAGGAAAACAUUGAUAAUAACCUUCUAGCUUCCUAUCAUAGUGGAAAUCAGGAUGUUAUCAAGUUAUUGAGGAGGGUCGUGUCCAGUCUUUUGGAGGAACAACUGUUAAACAAAUUCCCUGAGGUAAAAUCAGUCCUUAAUGAUCUUCUGAUAGAAGGAAGUAGCACCCCCACCCAUUCAAAAUCUGCACCCCUGGAGGAGAUUUCUUCACUUAAAAAAUCUGAGUGUUGCAGGUUAUGCUUGAAAGGGGUCUGCAGGCAUUGGCGUCUAUUUCAAGCACAAGAAAGAAAUCUUUUGGAUCUUAAGGCGUUGCUAUCAAGGACAAAGAUGGAAUUUGAAGACUUGCAAUUACAGUUUCAGAGUGAUUUGAAGCUACUAGGAACAAAUGUACACAAGCUGUCUACUGCUGCACUUGGGUAUCAAAAAGUACUGAAGGAGAACAGGACUUUAUAUAACAUGGUUAUGGACUUGAAAGGAAAUAUUCGAGUUUACUGCAGAAUAAGACCUUCCUUCAGCACUGAACCAAAAAAUGUAAUAAAUUUUAUUGGAGAGGAUGGUACGUUAGUGAUGGCAGACACAUCAAGGACUCAAAAAGAUGGGAAAAAGGUUUUCCAAUUCAAUCGAGUAUUUGGUCCAUCUGCUACCCAAGAUGAGGUAUUUAAGGACACUCAACCAUUAAUUAGGUCUGUAAUGGAUGGUUACAACGUGUGCAUUUUGGCUUAUGGUCAAACUGGAUCUGGCAAAACGCAUACUAUGUCUGGUCCAUCAGGUGGAUUGAUUAAAGACAUGGGGAUCAAUUAUCUAGCUCUCAAUGAUCUCUUUGCAAUGUCUUCUAGAAGGAAGGGUGUUAUAAAUUAUGAAAUUCAUGUUCAAAUGGUUGAAAUUUACAACGAGCAAGUACGAGACCUUCUUGCAGAAGAUUCAUCAGCCACAAAGUUAGAGAUUCGAAGCUGUGCUGAUAAUGGAUUUAAUCUUCCUGAUGCGACAAUGCGCACUGUCAAGUCUACCACUGAUGUUCUUAACCUGAUGAAACUUGGAGAGAUGAAUCGCAUGGUCAGUUCCACUGCUAUCAACAACAGAAGUAGUCGUUCCCACAGUGUCUUGACAGUCCAUGUCCAUGGUAAAGAUGAGUCUGGAGGCAUCCUUCGCAGCUCUCUGCAUUUGGUGGACCUUGCAGGAAGUGAACGGGUCGACAAGUCGGAAGUUACAGGAGACAGACUGAAGGAAGCACAGUGCAUCAAUAAGUCUCUUUCUUGUUUAGGAGAUGUCAUCACUGCAUUAGCUCAGAAGAGUUCCCACAUUCCGUACAGGAACAGCAAACUUACACUACUUCUGCAAGAUUCUUUAGGAGGCAAUGCAAAAACACUGAUGUUUGCCCAUGUAAGCCCAGAAGCAGAUUCUUUUGGUGAAACAGUGAGUACUUUGAAAUUUGCUCAGAGGGUUUCAACUGUUGAACUUGGUGCUGCACGUUUAAAUAAAGAGACCAGUGAAGUCAUGCAACUUAAAGAACAGAUUGAGAGCCUUAAAAAAGCAUUGGCAAAGAAAGAAGAACGGAAUGUUCAAUUAACUAAAUCAAAGGAGCCAUCUGAGAGGCCUGAAUCAAGGACCCAGCGGACUCCUCUACGCCCCAGAAGGCUGAGCAUUGAAAAUUCCACCAUCAUGUAUACAGAGCAAGCAGUCAAUUUUGAAGAAAAAAAGGGAUCAAAAUCCCCUUCGAUGCCAAACCGUGCACGUAGAUUAAGUCUGGAAGGUCAGAAGCAUGGCAAGAAAGAAAAUAUGCAAGGGGUGAGGAGACCCUUACCAUUUGAAUUAGUCUCUACACAGCAAGAUCAGCUUCAAGAUGUCCAAUCAAUAUCUAAGACAUAUUUUAGGAAUGGUAAUUCCACCAUGGAGGUACGUUAUCAGAAGACUCCUCAGAGUCCUAAUAGUAUUGUUUAUCAGGGCCAAGAGGUAAAAACACAGAGUAUAAUGAAAACCAAACCUCGCCAACCACUCAAGACACCGGAGAAACCAUUACGUGCCAGAAAUGAGGUCCAGAGCUUGGUGCAGAGUGAGAUUACAUGCUCAAUGGACUCUCUGACGCCAAGUAGCAAUCCCAGUGGGAAAAAAUCACAAAUAAAAAAAUCUCUUCGGACCAUUGGGAAACUGAUUAAUGGCUCUGAGAAGAGGAAUCAGCGGCACAGAGCAGAAGCAGGGCCACCCUCCACUGGUAAUGGUACAAGCAAUAUUAACGAACUCGGGUCAGCAGCGACAGCUAACUCGAGGGCGCUUCGACGGCAGUCAUUAGGUGGAGUUCAAACAGCCCGUAGAUCUUCUCUUGGAGGCAACUCAACUGCCUUUCUUGUAAAUGAAGCUAGAAAUGCAAAGACGCCACCUCCAGUUCGCAACUCAACAAAGGUGGCAAAGCAGUGGCUAUAGUCGCUUAUUUCUUGUGAUAUCUCACAUGCUUUGACUCAAAGCAUAUACCCGCUGACAGAUAGAGCAACAGUAGCAAGGGGAUUUUUUUUUUUUUUCAAUUCAAUGUGAAAGCCUCACGGGGGUAAUGUGGGGAGAAUUAUUUGUUGAUUAGCCACCUGAUUAAUACAUAAUUCAGUGCCCAGUUUUCACUUUGGGUUGCUUAUUGAA